AUGGUCAUCGAAGAGACAAGAGAAGCACCCCAGAGAUACGCGUCGCGCCGUUACACCAUCCAACCUGCAAACUCCCCCCUGUGCGCGGACAUUCUGGAGGAACCAAUGGAGAAAUUGAAGUUCCCACUCUGCAAGUACGACGGAUCCACAGAUCCGGAGGUCCACUGCAACACAUUUGAGCAACAUAUGAUGUUGUAUACAGAUUCCGACGCCAUGUGGUGCAAGAUAUUUCCCUCAACACUGCUGGGAGUGGCAUCCGGCUGGUAUAAGGGACUACCAAAGGGGUCGGUAUAUAAUUACCGACAGUUAGAAACAGAGUUCAUGCUACGGUUCAUCAGCCGGCAGCAGAGAAAGAAAACGUCGGGAGAGCUGAUGGCAGUCACCCAGAGAAGCGGAGAAUCCUUAAGAGAUUACCUCACCAGAUUCAACAACGAGUCCACCAGCAUACCAAACUUGCAGCAAGAGAUAGCUGUGGUGGCCCUGAUGAGAGGAAUGAACCACUGCGAGUUCAAAAAAUACUUGGGAAGAAAAUCCUUCACCGAUUUGGGAAGCGCACUGAUAAAGGCCCACGAAUACAUCAAAAGCGACGAGCUGAUGACAAUCCCAAAUCACUAUCAGUCGGCACAGACCAGAAAUGCCGCACCAAGGCCGGUUCAGCCGGCGCAGCAGAAUCAGAACAGGGGGUUCAGAAAGGACGAACAGAGGAAAGACCCAAGAGGGAGGGAUUACCAGAAACAAUCAACCAGCAUAUACCCCACAUUCCACGAAUACACUCCAUUGAACGCCCCAAGAGCCGCGAUUUACAAUGUCAACAAGAACGAAAACUGGAAGAGGCCUCCACCAAUGAGCGACAAACCCCGACCACAGUCGAAGUACUGCGCAUUCCAUGAUGACUGUGGACACUAUACGGAAAACUGCAGAGAUUUGAAGGAUAACAUCGAGGAUAUGAUCAGGAGAGGCUAUCUGACACAAUAUAAAGCCCGACAGAACAACAACAACCCACAAAAUAGCAAUUGGCAAAGCAAUAACACAAACAACAGAUUACCAUCCACCCAAACACCGCUCCGAAUAGAGCAGAAAGCACCAGAAACCAGUCGGAAUGGGGAGGCUAGAAACAGUGGCCAGAAGGGGCCGACAGUAUGGGUCAUAUCUGGAGGACCGUGCCAUGGAGGAACAAUCAGUGGAGCCGGCAGAAGUCUGGGCGAACACCGCCACCUGGUAAACUACCACAGCACCAUAAAAUGGCCGGCAACCCAAGUCAUGCCAAAUAUUUCAUUCACCCCAGACGACUGUCGCGGAAUUAUAUACCCUCACGACGAUCCACUGGUUUUGGGCCUCGAAAUAGCAAACUUCCCAGUGAAACGAAUACUGGUGGAUGGAGGGAGUUCAGCGAACAUUAUCUUUUGGGAAGCCUUCGUUCAGCUGAAAAUAGACGAGACAGAACUCACACGAGUCAACUAUCCUGUGAUAGGAUUCUCCGGAGCCACAGUCUUCCCGGAAGGUAGCAUCAGGCUACCAGUGCAGAUUUGA